GAGCUGUGCGUAGGCUCCAAGCACGAAGAUGCACAAGCAUCACCACUGCUGCCGAUGCCCGGAAUGCUAUGAGGUGACACGCAUGGCGGCCCUGCGGCGGAUGGAGCCCCCCACCUAUGGCGAAUGGCAACACGAGCAGUAUGGCUACGGGGGAUACGGCUCGCAGACGCUGCCUUCCCAGGGGGGUGCCACCCCCACUGCCAGGAACAAGGGCAAGUUGAUCCCCACGUCUCGUGACAACGUUCCUCCUGCCCCCCCUAAACAGAGCCAGGGCAAGCCUGGCACCCCGAAGAUGAACGGGAACAGCCCAGGCUGGUGGCCCGAGUGUACCUGCUCGAACCGUGACUGGUAUGAACAGGCUAGCCCUUCACCCAUCAUUGUGAACACAGACGCGCUGGAGCCAAGUCUGUCUGUGAAUGGCAGCGACGGCAUGUUCAAAUACGAGGAGAUUGUCUUGGAAAGGGGUAAUUCUGGCCUCGGAUUUAGCAUUGCUGGGGGCAUCGAUAACCCACACAUUCCUGAUGAUCCUGGCAUUUUCAUUACCAAAAUUAUCCCAGGUGGAGCAGCAGCCAUGGAUGGGCGGUUGGGGGUGAAUGACUGUGUACUGAGGGUGAAUGAGGUAGAUGUCUCUGAGGUAGUGCACAGCAAGGCUGUGGAGGCGCUGAAGGAAGCGGGGCCUGUGGUGCGGCUUCUUGUGCGGCGAAGGCAACCCCCACCAGAGACUAUAAUGGAGGUCAACUUGAUGAAAGGACCUAAAGGAUUGGGCUUCAGUAUUGCUGGGGGCAUUGGGAACCAGCACAUCCCAGGAGACAACAGCAUCUACAUCACCAAGAUCAUAGAAGGCGGGGCAGCCCAGAAGGAUGGGCGGCUGCAGAUCGGUGACCGGCUUCUUGCAGUGAACAACACUAACCUGCAGGAUGUGCGACACGAGGAGGCAGUAGCUGCACUGAAGAACACCUCUGAUAUGGUGUACCUGAAGGUGGCCAAGCCGGGCAGUCCUCAUCUCAAUGACAUGUAUGCUCCGCCUGACUAUGCUAGCACCUUUUCUGCUUUGGCGGACAACCAUAUAAGCCAUAAUCCUGGUCUGGGCUACAUGGGAGGCAUGGAAAGCAAGCCAGCCUACCCUGCACCACCACAGGUCACACCUGCCCGAUACUCACCUGUGCCACGCCAUAUGAUUGGUGAUGAAGAUUUCACCAGGGAACCCCGGAAGAUCACUUUGCACAAAGGUUCCACGGGUUUGGGCUUCAACAUUGUGGGUGGUGAGGAUGGCGAGGGCAUCUUUGUCUCCUUCAUCCUGGCUGGCGGCCCUGCUGACCUGAGUGGAGAGCUGCGGCGUGGAGACCGAAUUCUCUCGGUGAAUGGCGUCAACCUUCGGAAUGCAACACAUGAGCAAGCGGCGGCAGCACUGAAGAGGGCUGGGCAGACGGUCACUAUCGUGGCUCAAUACAGGCCUGAAGAGUACAGCCGUUUUGAAUCUAAGAUCCAUGACCUGAGAGAACAGAUGAUGAACAGCAGCAUGAGCUCAGGAUCUGGCUCACUCCGAACAAGUGAAAAGCGGUCUCUCUAUGUCCGGGCCCUCUUCGACUAUGACCGAACUCGGGACAGCUGCUUGCCCAGUCAGGGCCUCAGUUUUUCUUAUGGAGACAUCUUACAUGUUAUCAAUGCCUCAGAUGAUGAGUGGUGGCAGGCAAGGCUAGUAACACCUCAUGGAGAGAGUGAGCAGAUUGGGGUCAUCCCCAGCAAGAAGAGAGUGGAAAAGAAGGAAAGGGCGCGGUUGAAAACUGUGAAAUUCCAUGCCCGGACUGGGAUGAUAGAAUCCAACAGGUCGAUCAAAACGAAACGUAAAAAGAGUUUUCGCCUCUCUCGAAAGUUCCCAUUUUACAAGAGCAAAGAGAACAUGGCCCAGGAGAGCAGCGGACAGGAACAGGGAGUGACGUCGAACACCAGUGACAGUGAAAGCAGUUCCAAAGGACAAGAGGACACAAUUCUGUCGUAUGAACCUGUGACACGGCAAGAAAUUCACUACGCAAGGCCCGUGAUCAUUCUGGGACCCAUGAAGGAUCGAGUCAACGAUGACCUUAUCUCAGAGUUCCCUCACAAAUUUGGCUCAUGUGUGCCACACACUACCAGGCCCCGGCGCGAGAAUGAGGUGGAUGGUCAGGAUUACCACUUUGUGGCAUCCCGGGAGCAGAUGGAGAAGGACAUUCAAGACAGCAAGUUCAUUGAGGCGGGGCAGUUCAAUGACAAUCUCUAUGGGACCAGUAUUCAGUCUGUGCGGGCAGUAGCAGAGAGGGGGAAACACUGCAUUCUUGAUGUGUCUGGCAAUGCUAUCAAGAGGUUGCAGCAAGCACAACUGUUCCCAAUUGCCAUUUUCAUCAAGCCAAAAUCCAUUGAAGCGCUUAUGGAGAUGAACCGGAGGCAGACGUAUGAGCAAGCCAAUAAGGUCUUUGACAAAGCCAUGAAAUUGGAGCAGGAGUUUGGAGAGUAUUUUACAGCCAUUGUACAAGGAGACUCUCUGGAGGAGAUUUACAGCAAAAUCAAACAGAUAAUAGAGGACCAAUCUGGGCAUUAUAUCUGGGUCCCAUCCCCUGAGAAACUGUGAAGUCCCACCCUCUAGUCCACUUCCUUGUGAGAAGAUCAGAGACCCCUCCCCCAAGCCCUCUGCCCCAAGCAGGGGAGUGUGAAUACUGUUCCUCUCCCUUUUUUAGAUCGUUGAGAAUUCAGUUUUCUAGUCCUGUUUUCUUUUUUCUUGGGAUGGACCAAUCUCAUUCAUCAAGUGACUGCCCCUGCCAUUCCUGCAUGGACCUUCCUGCUGUUUCCUUAGAAACGGAGACAAACCCUAUUCGAGAGUUGUGUGGUUUUUAUUUUCCUUUUAAAUUAUGAUCAGUAAAAUCAAGAAGCAAGAUGGGAGGUGGCAGCUGAGGACUAGCCUAAAGAGCUGCCAAAGCAACUGACUUGGACAGUGACUGCCCGUUAGACAUACUGAGGAAUGUGGCAUAUGGGGGCAGCUUUCCGAAGAGCAUCGUAAUCACCCAGCACUGUGACUGAAGGAGAGGCAACAGAAUGCAUAUAUUUAUCUGUAUAUGUAGUUAUAUAAUAUAUAUAUAUACACAUAUAUAUAUAUUAUAUUUGGACUCAAAUAUGAGGGGGUGCUUACGUGGUACUGUGUUAAUGCAAGAAUUGUACUGCUGCUGCGUUGCAGCCAUUGGGCGUGGAGACCCAUUGUGGGAAAGAGCAAACAUAACGGUACCAGGUACGUAUUGCGUGCUGCUCAUUUGUUUUCCAAAGCCGUCUGGAGAAGGCUGCAUUUGGGAGGAACAGAGAACUAGUGCUGUGACUGGAGCAAGCAGAGGCCCAGAGCCCCAGGUGAAUACAGCAGCUGAUCUGGCUACGAGAAAGCAAAUGGAUUAUGCUACAUAUUGAUUGCACAUUGUUUUAUGUCAUCUGAUGUGUUUGCAUGAGAGGCUUUUUGUUUUUUUUAAGCUGGUGUUAAACCAAAAUCAAGUUUGUGUUGGUGUGUUGGCUUUUUCAUUAUUCCAGGCUUUUGAUUUUAAUAAUGAACCGAACGGGUAUAAAAUCCAGUUUUUUAACUUA